AUGUCGCUUCAUGGCGCCAUCACGUUCUUUGUGUCUCAGGACCUCGAGGACAUGGGUGUUUCCACGCUCUCUUGCUUAGCUUCCAGCCUCACCGAGCCCGGUGUUGCUGUGUCACUCAUCGAUCAACAUCGUUCUGUGUGCAAGGAGGUGAUGUCACGGCUUGUAGCCGUUGCGAAUGAUGGCGGCAAGAACCCUAGCGCGCGCAUUUUGGCCCUCGAAUGUUUAUACGCCCUGUCGCACGUUCCCAAUGCCGGGUUUCGCACAGGAGACCUGCUUGACGCCGUCCAAAAACUGAAUGAGUCGUUUGAGGAGUUCUUCGAAGCACAGCCUGCGGGGGCCGUUGAGUCUCAGCAAGAAAUGCUCACGGUGCUUUUAUUUCGCUGCAGUGGCUACGCGCGACUGAAGGCGGGAGAUCUUCUGCGGCAGUUAUACAACGGCGACGACGCCCGACUUGUGUCGGCGCUGCAGGCGAUCAUCAAGGAUCGGUCAUUUGAGUGGGACAUCGUACAGGCCUGCGUGCGCUGCAUCUACGAGUUGACCACCCCCGCGAGCUACUUCGCCGUUCCAGACGACAACCAUCCCAUCGAGACCACCAAGCUCAGCGCCUUCCAGGAAAAAAUGACCGCGUUGCUCAUCCACUUAACCCAACACAACUCGUUGCAGGACCUGUUUAAGGAGCUCGACGCGCGCUGGGCCGUCGAUGUGCGUGAGGAAGGGAUUGAUGCGAUCCUGGAAGGCCAAAGCCCCCUGACAGACUCGGUGUGCGACUGUGUGGCGAUGAGGUUCUUGGGAGUAUUCCGUUACUUGGCGGUUAUGUUGCUAAAUUUGGCCGACUUCUGCGAACGGAUGGAUCUCGUGCGUGCUUACCAGCAGUCCUUUCUGACGCAGCAUCAGAGUUUCCUUGGAGGCACGGUCAUACCUUUUUUGCGCCUUGCACUUUGUUGCUGGGAGGCCACGUGCGACACAACGCUGGAGUCGCAGAACAAUCCGUUCAUGAAUGUGGCCACUGUCGUGCUGCGUUUGUUGCGCUUCUCCCUUUACCGGCCAUCACAGGCGCCAAACGAAACACUUGCCUCAUCGCUUGUGGCCUUGACACGACAUGUGCACAAGCUGGAGUCAAGGCUUUCUAAGGAGUACGUUGGCAUGCUCGUCCUCGUUCUCACUGUGGAGUGUUUGUGUAACGUGAAUGCCGUCAAAGUGGAGGCUCUCGCGGCGGACUUUACCGCAUUGUUGAAUUUGAUCUCAAACGACAAGAGCCCGCUACGCCCUGGGGCGCAAUUCACGGUUGCACAAGCUUUCGCGUAUUGCCUUGCAAACGAAACUUCGAUGUACUGCGGCCUUGAAAAUGAAUCGGUUGCACUGCUGCGCGUAAGGCUGCAAGUUGAGGAUGCGGAGAUGACCAACGAGGCGGCGCGGGUAGUGCAGGUGCUGGAGGAGCAAUUGGAGAUGCUACAGACGCUGAUGAUGGAACUAGCUGUGGGGCAGCUUCUUGGUGAUAUCUCACUUAUGAUGCCGUUUGCCGUGGGGACUGGGGAAGCUGCCACGGGAGCCAACUCCGCGGGGCAGGCGCCAAAUUCGAAGAGUGCGGACCCUGACAAGAAGCGUGGCGCAGGCUAUGCAAAGAAAAAGGUGAAGCACCCGUCUAGGUACGUGUGCAUGCUGACAAAGAAACUGAUGCGGGAGCCUGUAGUGUUGCGCAACGGUCAUCAUUUUGAGUUGGAUGCGCUACAGGAAGUUGUAGACCGCGUUGGCCACGUGGAUCCCCUCACAGGGGAGACGUUUGACGACGAAAUAGAGGUGGAUAUGGACCUGCAACGUGAGAUUGCACGAUACAGGAUAGAAAUGGCCGCUCGCGAGGGGGAAGAAGCGGUGGCGUGA